AUGGAACGUUUCAUAGAAACCGUUGAGAAACUUGAAUGGGCGCUGAUACUGAACACACCUGUCCAAAAUGUUUCCUCGCAGCUCGAACAAGACGCGUUUGAUAUUGGUUUGGCAUCGACAGUUAUUAAUGGUCAAUACAAACAAAGCUUAACUUGCGCGGUUGCACGAGAAAUCCUUGGAAUAGAAUUACUUAACGACGAUCAAGAUAUAAAAACAUUUGUGGAAACAUUAGAUAUUAGUUCGUAUGUUUCUACUAGGAUAAAAAGUUAUCUUUCGUUUGAUCACGAUUCUUUUCAAGAACUAAUUAAGAAACAACAAAUCAUCAAGCAGUUAUAUUUACUUUGUGUAUCGGUGGCUUCCUUAAAUGCCUUCGUACAAACCUGCUGGACUGGUCCUGUUUUUGAUCUGGAACCGCAAGAUAUCCUUCCCGCAGCUAUAAGAGAACGGUACAGUGUCGCCGAAUUGAAUAGGAAAGUUCAUGAAAUUUUAUCAGUUGAUGGAGAAGAUGUUUAUCAUUUGACUCCCCGCGCUUUGUAUCUGUUGAUCCCAAGAAUCAUAUUGGUUGAAAAUUCAUCUUUAUUUACCUACCUGAAGAGUAUCCACUGGUGGGGUCAAAGAGUCUUGUUCAUACAACAGCGCAUUCUUGAUAAUGUUAGUGGAUCAUUACACGACACAAUGUUACAAUAUUUGCAAUCUUCAAGCGAUGCACUUCCAAGUUUGAUUCCAGAGGAGAAGACAACUGAGAUAUACACUCGAUUCCAUUUAGAAUAUGGCAUUAUAAAUCAUUUUUAUGGACAUGAUUCUUUAGCCAAAGAACAUUUUACAAAAGCUCAAGAAUUAAGUGGCUUUAAAUGGAUGCUUACAGGAAUGCUAGGAAAACGAACAAAAUUUCAAACUUUUGAUGUAUCUCAGUUGUUAGUCGUUGCCAACAGUCAGGAUGUAGAAUUUAAAAGAGAUGAUGAUUUAGAAAGUUCAGGAAUAAAAAAUGUUCCAAAUGCUCUAUCACUCAAUGAUGACACGCUUUUAGAGAAAGUUGAAAUUUCAGAAAUAAUAAAUAAUGAUAAAAAUGGAUUAAAUUCAAAAAGCAAUCUCAAAAUAAUUGAUCAAUGCUUGCUACUCGCUUUUUGUUUGAAUGUAAAAAACACAAACCCAUCUCAUGGCAUAACCACUGAACAAAUGAUGCCUUUUGUAUCAAGAGUCCUUGAAAAUCCAAACAACUGGAUGGUUUAUACGAUGGCUCUUCUGCUCAGAUCACGCCUUGAAAAAGAAAAGUCUCGAACUGUAGAACGAUCGGUUCUUCAACUUCAAGCGCUCGUUGAUCAAUUUCCUUUAGAAUUAUCUAGUGCGAAAGAACGUUUGAAUUACUUUUAUCAAAUCCUUUUACCAUCGAAGUGGGAAAUGGAAAAAGAACUUGCUUUGCAAUACUUAUCUUUGGGGGUAGUUCAAUCCGCUUUACAGAUAUUUGAACGCCUUGAAAUGUGGGAGGACAUUAUAAAUUGUUAUAUAAUGCUUGAAAAAGAGUUUAAAGCUAAAGGAAUUAUUCUUGAGCGUUUGAAUGUUACUCCAAAUUCUCCAAAACUUUAUUGCCUUUUAGGUGAUGUCGAAAAGAAUCCGAAACGCUGGGAGCAUGCAUGGGACAUAUCAGGUAAUCGUUAUGGACGUGCUAUGCGAUCUCUCGGAGCAUACUGGUUUAAACAAAAGGAAUAUCGGAAGUCAAUUGAAUGCUAUACAAAAGCACUCAAUGUAAAUCCGAUUUUUGAAAAUGCUUGGUUUGUUCAAGGUUGUGCAGCAAUGCAUGUGGAAGAAUGGGAUAUUUCACUGCAAGCUUUUUCUAGAGCGAUUGCUAUUGAUCCUGAUAACUCUGAAGCAUGGAACAAUCUUGCAUCAGUAUUUCUUAAACAAGGUCGCAAAGUAGAUGCAUUUAAUGCUUUUCAACAAGGUUUAAAACAAAAAUAUGAUAGCUGGAGAAUUUGGACAAAUUACAUGUAUACUGCCGUUGAUAUAGGUGAAUUUUCCGAAACAAUUCGUGCCAUGCAACGCGUAGUGGAUUUGAGAUGGGAAAAGGAGAAGGAAUCAUGUAUUGAUUUAGAUGUUCUUGAGAUUCUUGUAAAUGCUAUUACUCAAGGAAUUCUUGAUGCUAAUAAAAACAGUGCGUCCAGAUUAGCGCCAAGACUUGAAAAUUUAUUGACGGAAACUAUUACUUCGCGAAUGACGUCACACCCACGAAUAUGGCAGCUUUGCGCACAAUUCUGGUUUUGGAAAAAAGAAUACGAUAAAGCUCUCGAGUCUCAUUUGAGAGCAUAUCGAUGUAUUUUACAUAAUCCAAGAUUAGAAACUUCGGAAGACAUAUUUAAACAAGCCGCAAAUACAGCGAUAGAAGUUGUGGAAGCCUAUCAAAACCUUGGUGACUUAACAAUUGUUCAUAAGAACAGUAAAGAAAAAAUGACAUCAGAAGAUUCACAAACUGAAGUAUCAACCACAUUGGUAUGUAAAGAUUGGAAAUACCAGGCCAAAAGUUUAUUAACAAGUUUAAUAGGUAAAACAAAAAAUUUUGAAGGCACAGAAAUGCAUGACAAAUUAAAGGAAACUUUAAAGGAAUUAAAAAGUUUAUAG